AUGGAGAAAACAAUGAAACAUCUAAUAUCAACUUCCUUCUUCAUUAUCAUUCUCAGUUUUCUGAAUAAUUCUGUAUCAUAUGAACUAUCAUUAGAAUUUGUUUCUGCUCCUGCUACCAAGCACUUUGUGCUACUACAUGGUGCAGGCAGUGGUGCCUGGUGUUGGUACAAGCUUAUACCAAUGCUAAGAUCAUAUGGCUACAAUGUUACAGCCGUCGACUUAGCGGCUUCUGAAAUUAACCCACUACAAAUUAGAGAUAUUCAAAUAAUAUCUGGUUAUUUUCAGCCCUUGGUAGAACUAAUUGCAUCCCUACCAGCAAAUAAAAGAGUUAUUUUUAUUGGUCAUAGUAUUGGUGGGUUUGCAAUUUCUUAUGCAAUGGAGAGAUUUCCAAGUAAAAUUGCUUGUGCAGUUUUUAUUGCUGCCCUUAUGCCUGGUCCUUCCCUCAACGCCUCCACGGUUUAUCAAGAGCUAUUUAAGAGGCUAGGUGAUCCACAAGACAGCAUCCUUACAUUUGGUGAUGACCCCAACUAUCCAACUUCUAUCACUCUAGGCCCAACAUUCUUAAGGACAAGAACAUAUCAACUCAGUCCAAUUGAGGACUGGACACUAGCAACAACAUUGGUAAGAACAUCUCCUCUUCCUAGCCGAGAAGAUUUCUCAUCAGGACAGCUAAAUGUAACGAAGGAGAAAUAUGGAACGGUUAAAAGAGUUUUCAUAAUUUCAGGAAAAGAAUUACUAAUACCGAAAGAGUUCCAAGAAUUGAUGAUUCGAGAAAAUCCACCCAACCAAGUGGAAAAAAUAUUAGGAUCUGAUCAUAUGGUUAUGAUACCUAAACCAAGAGAACUUCGAGCUAUUCUGUUACGAAUUGCUAAAAAAUAUUGA